AUGUAGCGCUCAGGUGGAGAGAAAGAGAAAGAGAGAGACAGAGAGGGAGAGAGAGAUCCAACACACCGACACCACGGCACCGCGCUCACACAGCCAAAGACGGUGCUGCGCUGCCGGUGACUCUCCGUGCGUUUUUACCGGGCUGUUCCGCCGCACUGUGCGCACACCCGACCUGUCUGGGCUGAGAGGAAGGUCGAGAAGAGGAGAGACAGGUACUGGAGCUACCUGCUGCUUCAGAAGUGACUUACUCGUGCAGGACUGCGGCAGACGUGAAAAUCACCUGCCUGGAGGCGAUACUAGAACUCUCAAACACACUUAAGGGACACUUUUAACAUUGAUUUCUAUUUGGAAUAAUCACUGCUGACUGUUUCUAGUGAAAAGAAGAAACGAAGUUCGCGUUAAGGGAAAAAAAUUGCUUUUCUUUACUUGUUUUUGCACCUGAGUGUUCAGCAGAAGAUGCGAAAGACAAAACUAAUGUGAUGUGUUUUGGGAACUGAGUAACACAGCUGUUUAGAUGCAGCAGUUCUGCAGUUGAGAGAAGCUAUUUCCAAGUGUCGCUUAAGUAAAGAAGAAGAAUAGGACGAAGAGACAGAGAGAGUUGGACAUGGAUGGUGUUGGGUCUGAAGUCCGUGUGUCGGAGCAGCCUGCAGCUGGGAUGCACCGUGCAUCUGAGCCACGACGUUUCACACCAUGAUAGGCGGACAAAACUGCACCUGAAUGCGAAUGUAACACACCUGAACCCAAUCCACAAGGAUCUACUAUGUCCUCACUAUUGACCAGGAAGCUGACUCUGUGCCAGGCCCUGACCUUUGUCCUGCUUCUGGUCGCUCCCGUCUGCCUUUCUUCCCUGCAGAGUUCCUCCUGGGUCUCUACGUGGGGUCCUUCCAUUGAGGCCUCACUGGGGCGUCCAGCACGUGCCCGGCGGCAGCUGCACUUCAGGAAUGAGUGGGCGACAUGGAGCGGCUGGUCCGUCUGCUCCCGCAGCUGUGGGGGCGGAGCCUCAGUGCGGAUGCGCACCUGCAUCACCAGGAACCCAGUGGGUGGACCAUGUGCAGGAGACCCCAGACAAUACAAGAUCUGCAACACCAAGGAGUGUCCUCCCGGCUCUGAGGAUUUCAGGGAGAUGCAGUGUGCUGCCUUCAAUGACAGACCGUUAGUGGCUGGAAACACCUUCAGAUGGACCACCUUUCAUGGAGGCUCUAACCCCUGUGAACUGAGCUGCCUCGCCCUGGGUCACAACUUCUACUACAACUUUGGCCGUGUGCUCGAUGGCACAGCCUGCAACAAGGAGCCUGGAGCGGUGUGUGUCAACGGACACUGCCUGAAACCUGGCUGUGACUCUAUCUUGGGUUCAAAGCAGCAGGAGGAUGCCUGCAUGGUGUGUGGAGGACAAAACACCACCUGUCUGCACCACAAGAGCGUGUACCAGAGCAACGGUCUGGAGGCAGGCGGACCUUUUGGAUACAACGAAGUGGCUAUGAUACCAGCUGGAGCCACUCACAUCCGAGUCACCGAUAACAGCAGGAAUUAUCUUGCCCUCCAGAACGGUCGCUCCCAGUUUGUAAUCAAUGGUAACUGGAAGAUAAGUAUUCCGGGUGAGUACAACGUUGCUGGAACCAAGCUGCUGUACCGGCGUUCGGCUGACACCUGGGAGAGCUUUGAGGUGCCAGGACCCACCCAGGAAGACCUCCAUCUGAUGGUACUGGCAACAGGCAGAAACCCAGGCAUCGAGUAUGAGUACUGGCUGCCACCGGACCAGUAUGCCCUCUACCAUGGGAGGAGAAGUCCACUGCGUCAGGCUCACCACACUGCCAGCUACCUCCCCUGGGAUCAACCCACCACUACAGUUACCACCACUACCACUGCCACCACCACCACCCAGGCUCCCCGAGUCAACACCCAACCUCCCUGGUUCAUAAGGCCUGCAAAGCCACCUCGCCAGUCACCCCACCACAACCGCCGCCACCGCCCUCACCAGCCCGUCUUACCCCGCCUGGAGCGGGAGGAGAACCACAGAAAUCUCCUGCCUCAGCCCUCACCUGGAAGACAUUGUGGAAAAUGUCAGCGUGUUAAAGGCCGAAGGGAACGCCAGAGACAGUAUUGUCAGAAGGACUUUGUUUUCCGGGGCAGAGUCCUUGGGAAGCUGUACCGAGGUGAGGAGACGCGUUACGAUGUCCAGAUCAUCCACACGUACCGAAACCGCUUCCGUCUGGAGCACCGGGAGUUCCUGUGGGUUCCUAAUGUGUGCGACUGUCCUCACCUGGAGGAGGGGAAACAGUAUAUACUGAUGGUGCGCCGUCACAUUAACUAUGAGCACACACUAAACCGCAUCCUGCUGGAGGAGGAGAGCUACGUGGUGCCAUACAGACCCAGAGAGGAUGAGCUGCUGCGACCGCUUGAAAGAUUCUGCAGCAACAGAGGACCCAAACAGCCUGCAGAACUGAGGGGAUGAGCCUAGGGACAAACUCUGUGUGUGUGAGUGUGCGAACGUCAAAGAAUGAAGCUCAUACUGAAGCUUUUAUUCACUUCCAAUAUUUCAUUUCUGGACCUUCAAAACAUCAUCAGACUACAUGUGCGAUCAAAGCGAUGGCCUGAUGACUUCCAGAGUGGUGUCACUGGAGACAGAUGACAGUUGGACUGUCGACAGACUGAUUCAACCUCAUUUGAAACUCGCCACAUUAAGAAACCAGAAAGACUCCAUGUUUAUUUAAAAGCCUGACCAGCUUACUGUACCAUAUAGAGCACUUUAGGUGGACAGUUGUGCCCACCUUUAAACACAUACCAAAGAGAAGAACAUUGACUGAAAUGGCCUUUAUGUUAUUGCUGAUAAAACAUUACAUUUUUUAUAUCAUUGCAUUUUUGUGUGUGUAAACUUAAAAGAAAAAUUCACCUCAAAACACUCAAGCAGCUACUUAAAUACCAUUGGACACCAUUUUCUCUCCAUUCUCUGCAUCUCUCUGGGCAUACAUCUCCCCAAAUCAUUUGUUAGAGUUCAUCCAGUUAUUUCCAGAAGCUCAAUAGAGUUUUUCUAGCUGCAAAUGUUUUGUGUGAUUUAAAAUAUCAACAUAAAUAUUGUUUUUUGCGGUCAGUCUCUCAUAAUAAAAGGAAGAGGUCGACUUUCUGCCGUAACAUAAAAACUAAAUAAACUAACUCAGUUCACUGCACUGCCCCAUGCUGUCUGCUGGCCCUCUGCCCUUCCAUCGCGUCUCUACUCCCAUCACAGUUAGUUUUGUAGUUCUGUAAUUUUAAGACAACACUUGGUUGUAAAGUUUACAGCUGCCACACUGUUGACCCUGCAUUCUGUGUGUGAACUGAGGCUUCUAAAAAAAAUGUAAUCAAAUCACAUUUUGUGUGUUGACAACUUAGAGGGCAGCCCUAAUCUUAGUAUCAUGAGACGCAAGUGUUUUUAUGUUUAGGAACACUGAGUUUAUAAUUUAAUUUAGGGAAAGUUUGAAAUGGGAAUUUUCACUGAGGGGAAAAAAAAACCCUCCAGAACUAACUGAUCUUCCCACCUCAGAACUUAAUUUCUCCACCACAGUCAUAAAAUGUAAUGCAGAUAUGACCUUUCACAAUAUUAAGAGAUUCCAACUCUGCUACCACUGAUCAUAUUUUAAACAGUGCUUGUAACUGCAGCCAAAUACAGCAAAGCUUAGAUAUGGUUUGUACUGGAUGUUCUUGAAAGGCAUCUUAGAAAUUAAAAAUAUAUUUGGAUUUGCCAAAAACAACAAGUGCAGUCACAAAAUACUGAACAUCUCAGACUGAUGUUCAACUGUGUGACAGGUUUUGAUGGUGGAUUUUUCUUUUAGCUUUCACUCAAGAUAUCUAACAACAUAUUGCUUCACAAUGUAUUUAUAUAUAAAAAAAAAUAAGCUUAAAUCAUAACACGUUAAUUUUGUGUCACUUGUUUAAAGUCACAGUGUUGUUUGUGUUGCUCCUUUGUGGUAUUCAUUUUUUAAAGUUUCAGGUCUGUUUUGUGAUACAUGAAAGACGGUAUGAAAUAUACAGUAUUUUAUUGUUUGGCACUGACUAGCUACAAAUAUACAAAAGUAUAAUUGUUUCCAUCUGUUCAAUAUUUAACUCCUGCACCUUUAGUUAUAGGUCUGAAAUAUCACAUUUUCUCUCAAACCUCAUCUACGUGUGCCAAAAGAGUUUCCUUGUGUAUUUGUCCAUGCAGUGUCUGAAUGAUAAUUACCCAUUUUCUUGAUAUAAAAUUAUAGUAUUGCAACUUAAAGCAACAUCACGUAACUAUCUUAAAAUAACAGCAGAAUCAUUUUGAUGGUUCACUGACUUGUAGUAAGGAGCCUCUGUUGUUUCCAUCCUGUGCUAUGAACACCUGUUCCUCCUUUGGUGAACAGGUACGAUCUCCCUCUAACUGAGUGAUUUCCACCUCCUGAAUAUAAUAUACACUGUUUGGCUGUGUUUCAGUUCAGUGAGUGGAAUUACACGGUUGGAGCUCCAGUUUAGUGAUUGCUAGGGUUGUUUCCAGAACCCAACUACAUUAAAUUGCCACUUGUGGCUGCAGAGGGCACUGCUGCGCAGCAAAAGUUACACAGUGUUGCUUUAAUUUGAAAGCUUAGCACACGUGUUUAAGUGAUUUCUUGUUAUUCAACACGCAGCACACAGUUAAACAGACCAUACAUGAGAACAGCAGAGUUUGUAAGAAAACAAUGUAUUUACAAAAAGGUUUUACAUCUACACCAAAGGAAAAACUGCUCUAGACAACAAAUAAUAAUAUAACUGUAUACAUAUAUAUUUUUUGACUGAGUCAGUUGUUCAUUAACUGUAGAAGUCAUCACAGACACUCAGCUCAGUUUCCCUUUAGUAGAGGGGAGAAAACGUUUCCAGGUUUCCACAGAACAACAUCAACAUGAACUUUUUGGGGAUGUUAUGCGGGGCUAUUUUAGAUUCACAGCACAGUUCACCUCAGCAUCCUGCAGAUAUGACUACUUCAUCUGAAGGCAUGAGACAGAAAUCUUCUAUCCCCUUUGGAUUUUUUUUUUCCUUCUUUUUUUUUUUGAGCACUCCUGGUGUCAAACUGAAUAACAAAUGCAGUAUCAUGUAAACAGUCACAGUUCACUCUAUUUAGACAUUAUUAAUGAAGUGAGUGAUGUACUGUAAAGCAACAUAUUUGUUCCUUGUGAGUAAUUUUUGCACCCAAUGAAACAAACAACAGUUAGAAACAAACCCUCUCAUGUUGAACUUUGAAGAACACCAUACAUUUCAGUUUAGCUGCCUCUCAGUCGUUCUGUCAGAACUACUGUCUCUGAGCAUUUAAAAAAUAAUCUCAUGAAAGAGAAUUGGUUAAUCCUGUGAUCCUGGACACUUCCAGUUUUAUUUUAACACAUGAACAAAUCUCUCUUUAGCCUUCAUCUGGGUUGUAAGAACUGGUCCUGCAGCUGCCUCGUUUACAGGUAGACAGGUUGACAAUGUUCAUAACUGAAUGAAAACAUGUAAUUAAAUUGGUUCUGUCUGUGCAAUGUCUGGUUUGUAACUGUUAGCACUAAGUUAAAUAAAGCUCAUGCAGUUAUUCUCUGUAA